AUGCGUCGCUUCUCCCAUUUUCUUUUGCUGUUCGUUUCCGCCACUCUUAACUCGGGGUCACUCGCACAGAAGGUCUCUGCAGAUCGACAUGCGGCUCUGUAUCCUGAUUAUACCUAUGUACCCUCCGUUGACGCCGAUUACAAGCCGAAUCCUCCUAAGAUUCCAAUAUCUCACCGCAACUUGACCAUUGAUCCCCUGGUUCCCGGAUUAGUCCCUGUGCCAUCGAUUCCGCUUCCUGGUCUUCCUCCUCUGGGCGCUCCUUCAUACCCUACAUCGUACUGGUACGAAGAGAUCGAGCAUAACGGUAUCUCGCCCUUCAUAGUCAACGGUUCAUCGUGGAAAGUCUUUCGCAAUGUGAAAGAUUAUGGAGCGAAGGGAGACGGAGUCACAGAUGAUGCUCCGGCCAUCCAGGCUGCGAUUGACGAUGGAGGCAGAGGAGCAACUGGCAAUAGCUAUGGAACUACAGGAAAGCCAGCUGUUAUCUACUUCCCCGAAGGAACGUAUUUGAUGGAGAACAGGGUCCAGUCAUAUGUGGAUACAAUGUUUAUCGGAAAUCCCAUCGAGCGACCCACGUUGAAAGCCUCGUCCAGCUUUAGAAAUUCGACGCUUCUCUAUAUGAGCGAUCCUGCUUACGACGCAACCAUCAAUUUCUACAUUAUCGUCAAGAAUUUGAUACUGGACUCAACUGCUUACCCUUCAAGGAAGACGUUCACUCUCAUGGAUUGGUCUGUAUCUCAAGCCACCCAAUUGACCAAUGUCCUUUUCAAUAUGGCUCCUUCCUCACAACACACUGGUGUUUCGACUCCAGAAGGCGGGUCAGGGACGUAUAUGGGCAACCUAGAUUUUGUGGGAGGCGCGAUCGGCAUCAAUAUGAACAACCAGCAGUACAGCAUCAAAGACUGUACUUUUACCGGCACGAGGACCGGGAUAUACAUCAGCCAUGGCUUUGAUAUGGUCCUGCAGGGCAUGGAAUUUACCAACUGUGAAGUUGGAAUUAAUGCCACUGACGGUGGUGCAGGAAAUGUCGGAAGUUUUGUUUUGCUCGACUCGAUCGCAAAGUCCGUGAAGACGGUGAUAGUCACGAAGAGCCAGAGCGCCUCUCCAAAUUCAACUACGGGUGAUGAUUCGGUUGUCAUCCAGAACCUUCGAACAAGUCAGGUUGACAGCACUGUUGUCGCUGGUAAUAAGGUCCUUCUGAAAGGGGAUGUUCCAGAAACGUGGGUAUAUGGCAACGCAUAUCUCACGGGGGGUCCAGCAGCCGGUAUACAUGACCCUGGUACAACCUAUCAAACCCCUAGAUCGUCAGUCCUACUGGAGUCUGAUCGUUACUUCACGAUGGCGCCCCCCACAUACCAGGAACAUGACGUGCAGCAAGUGGUGAACAUCAAGACGGUGAAGAACUUCCCUGUCUACGGUGACGGCCAAAUGGAUGAUACGCACAACAUCAAUGCAAUUCUCGCCCGUAACGCAGGAUGUGCAAUCACGUUUUUCCCGGCAGGCACUUACCUAGUGUCAGAUACCAUCUACAUUCCCUCUGGAUCCCGAAUUGUGGGCGAGGCCUUUGCGGCCAUAAGUGCUACAGGAGCUAAGUUCGCCAACGCCAAGUCACCGAAGCCCAUGGUGCAAGUCGGCAAGCCAGGAGAGAUUGGGGUGGCUCAGAUCUCCGACAUGCUCUUCACCGUGGCAGAUGUCCUACCGGGAUGUACCCUGCUGGAGGUGAAUAUGGCGGGGGUUUCUCCAGGAGACGUCGGCAUUUGGAACAGCCAUUUUCGUGUUGGAGGGGCCGCCGGAUCGGCUGUUGAGACGAAAUGCCAGGGCCCAAGCCCCUGCCAAGCGGCCUUCUUGCUCCUUCACCUGACGCCCAGUGCAUCGAUAUAUAUCGAAGACAUGUGGGGUUGGACAGCCGACCACGACCUGGAUGGAAAUUACAAUCAACUCAUCAGUACCGGCCGAGGAGCACUGAUCGAAUCCACCCGCGGUGCAUGGCUAGUCGGCACCGCCUUUGAGCACAAUACCCUUUACCAAUACAACGUCGUCUCCGCCUCGAAUCUCUACAUCGGGAUGCAGCAGUCAGAGACUCCAUAUUGGCAAGGUACCGGCGGACCUGCCCAAGCUCCUGCACCGUGGACCCCCGAUGCUGCCUAUUCUGACCCUACUUUCUCGAGUUGUGGCUCGAACGAUCCAAACUGUCGGAUGGCAUGGUAUCAGCGUGUCGUCUCGGGGUCAGAGCUAUAUAUUUAUGGAUCAGGAUUCUGGACCUUUUUCAAUGAUGUAGGAAACUGUCUCGGUGUCAACGGAACGUGUCAGAACAAUGCGGUAGAGAUCGUGGGGAACCCGACCCAGCUCUAUUGGUGGAAUUUGAAUACGAGAGGAUGCCUUAACCUGUUGAUUGAUGAUGGAGAGGUUUUGGAGACACAGAACAAUAAUCCAGGCAGCUGGGGUGCGAUCGUAGCCGCCACUCUCACUCAUGCUAGGUUGCAUUAG